AUGUCAAAUCUGAAUCUGCAUACAAAUGUCGUUGCUGUUUAUAGGUGGCUUCAUGGGAAAAUAUCCAGGGAAGAAAGUGAGGUCUUGCUUCAGGAUAAGCCCUUGGGGAGCUUCCUUGUUCGUGCUUCGUGCCGUUUUGUGGGGGACUAUACAUUGUCGGUUGUUAAUCAAGACAGCUUGGACAAAGUGUGCAUUGGGACACACGAACCAUCCAUUCAGCAUUAUCACAUACAUUCGGUGACAAGUCUAGAUGCACCUUCAUCUGUCUUUUUCUCACUGGAUAAUGAGGAGUUAUUUCCUAGCUUGCGCAAACUUGUCGAGCACUAUAAGGUGGCUGACCGUGGUUUGGCCCAUCCUCUUACCAUUCCAGUCCCCGACAUACAGCGUUACCACCUUCAACGUCUUCGAAGGCAUCACUGGAUUUCACGCCACCGCCUCACUCUCGGCCAAAAGCUGGGUCAUGGCGAAUUUGGGGAAGUGCUGAAGGCGACAUUGGGUGAUCGCGACGUAGCUGUGAAGCGCUACAAGGCAUCUGCAAGAGCGCAACUCAUCUACGAAGCUUGUAUCAUGUCGGAGUUGAACCAUGAUAACUUGUUGCCCCUGCUUGGAGUGACAGAAGACGAGGAAGGCGAUUCCGACACCGGCUCUCUCCCCACGUUUUACCUGGUCACAGAAUUCUUCCCCAACGGCUCCCUUCUCUCCUUCCUGCGCUCUCGUGGUCGAGCGCUUGUUGGGCCCUCUGCGCUGCUGUCGUUCGCCAAGGACGUAGCAAGAGGUCUAGCCUACAUGGAGGCGAGGUCUUAUCUCCACUGUGACGUCGCUGCGCGCAACGUUCUGCUCUCCUCCGCUGUUCCAGUUCCUGUGGCCAAGCUAGGUGACUUUGGUCUGGCCUUUCGCCUGACACCUGCCACAAAGCAAGUGGCCAAGGACGUCGCUUUCGAGUCAGAUGAAGACGAAUUACUUAUGCACUCCUCUUCGUUUGGGCUCAACAGGCCUCAGGCCGUGACUAAGAUCUCCCGAAUUCCUGUUAAAUGGACAGCGCCUGAGAGUGUUCGGACUAGGGUCUUUUCCCACAAAUCGGAUGUGUGGAGUUUCGGUGUGAUGUUGUGGGAGCUGUACACUUACGGACGUUUGCCAUAUCCCCGCCUGAUGACCAGUCAGGUGUUGCAGUUCGUGGAAUCCGGUGGACGAAUGGAGGCACCAGAGGCCUGUCCGAUUGGCAUCUACCAGCUCAUGUUGGACACCUGGGCCAAGGAUCCUCACCAACGACCCGCAUUCUCAAGCAUAGUACACAGGCUCCACAAUAUUUGUCCGCAAGACACCAGGUCUGCUUCUGGCCUAGAACAAAAAGCGCUCAAGGUGGUGGACUCCAACGAAGGGACUUACGAUUGCAUUUCCUGA